AGUCACCCCAGGAGGUUCCUAAACCCCAGUAUCCCAGAGGCUGAAUCCUCAACCCGGCUCAUUCAGCUGCACCCCCAGCCAAGGACAUUAGGAGAGGGAUUUCCUCAUGGAGCAGGGGAUGGAUCGGAGCGCUGGCUUGCUUCCUGCGCCAUCCCGGGCCGGUUCCCAGCCGGCAGAGCCCUGUGUGGAAGGCAGGAGAAGCCCAUCGCCCCGUGAGCAGGGCGGAGACACCUCCUUUCCCUGGAACCAGGGCCCCAACCCCAGCCUCACCGACCCUGACUGGUUUUGGGAUGAGCACAUUCAGGCAAAGAGGGCCCGCGUGGAGACCAUCAUCCGAGGCAUGUGCCUCUCCCCCAGCCCCCUGGUGCUCGGCAGUGCCCGGGCCCGGGACAGCCCCGGCUGCCCCGAGAAGGCCCGGGAGCGGAAGAGGAAGCAGGACCUCCCCAUGCAGCAGCCCCCGCUGAAGCCAGGCCCUGCUGGGAGCCAGGGCAGCAGGAAGGGGGGCCCUCGCGUGAGAGAACAGCUUCACCUGCUGAAGCAGCAGCUGAGACAGCUGCAGGCGCACAUCCUGCAGAUGGAGCCCCGGGGGCCUGCGCCCAGCCCUCGGAGUGCAGAGCAGAGGGACAGCUGUGGGCGGCAGCCCUGGGCCAUGGACAGCGGCCGCCUCCAGGGUUCCAGCGGGGACCUCCCUGGGCUGGAGGAACACAGGGUGGCUGAGGUCGAUCGCCAGCCUGAGGAAGCCAGGCUCCUUCCUUCUGGCACACGAGCUUUGCUGGAGACCCUGAGGAGAGAACUGAGGGGGGCAGUGUCCCAGGCUGUGGACUCCGUGUUACAGAAGGUCCUACUGGACCCGCCAGGCCACCUGACCCAGCGGGGCCGAAGCUUCCGGGGGCCGGUGCCAGGGGGCAGAAGCGAGACUUCACCCGAGGGAGGUGCCUGUGAAAACCCCCUCCCACUGGCCGCCUUGCCCAUGGGGGCCCAGGCCCAGGCCCAGGCCCAGGCCCAGGCUGGGUGCCCACUGGGAAACUCAUCACUGGCCAAGCCUCUAGACUCUCCUAGAUACCCCGUCUCCCCAAGAAUGACCUCCAAACCCUGCCGGGGCCCCCCAACCAACUGUGCUGUGGCCGUGCCUUCCCACCUGCAGGAAAGCCAGAUUCUAGGUCAGCUCCUGGGUCACGGACCCCCGGGUCCCUGGAGGGGCCGUCUCCCCCAGGGUGCAUCGUCCCAAAGUCCCUCCUCCCCGGAGCCUGCCCUGCGGCCUUGGGGAGCUGUCACACUGCGGCCCUCGGUGGUGAGCCCGCAGCACCCCGUGCCCUUGGCUUCCGCCUGCCUGGAGAAGCUGCCCUUCCUCCCCUGCGUGAAGAUGGAGCAGGGCGGCCUGCAGGCUGCCGCCGAGGGGCUCCCGUUCCCCUCCGUCCACAUAUCCUUUGGUCUAAAUCCUGGUCACUUGAAGAAGGCCAAACUAAUGUUUUUCUUCACACGCUAUCCCAGCUCCAGCCUCCUGAAGGCGUAUUUCCCUGACGUCCAGUUCAACCGCUGCAUCACCUCCCAGAUGAUCAAGUGGUUCAGCAACUUCCGAGAGUUCUAUUACAUCCAAAUGGAGAAAUCUGCCCGGCAGGCCAUCGCAGAUGGCGUCACCAGUGCCAAAAUGCUCGUGAUUCUCCGCGACUCAGAACUUUUUCGAGCUCUCAAUAUGCACUAUAACAAGGGGAAUGACUUUGAGGUCCCGGAUUGCUUCUUGGAGGUCGCCAGCUUGACAUUACAGGAGUUCUUCAGAGCUGUCUCUGCAGGGAAAGACUCAGAUCCUUCCUGGAAGAAACCCAUUUAUAAAGUUAUUUCGAAGCUGGACAGUGACAUCCCAGAGAUUUUCAAAUCCUCCAGCUAUCCCCAGGAGCUGCUUCAGAAUUAAGUCCCACAGAGCGAGACACAGCUGGCCACGGUUUUCCUGGGUUUGUCUUAAAUGGCUGCUGUGGUGAUAUAAAAGGGGCGUAAGGACAGACACCUCCCUCCCCAACAGGAACUAUUACCAUUCUAAUCAUUUAUUUCCUUUUCCAGAAUCACCAAAGCUUAACCUUAACUAUACUAUAAACCAACCAAGGGUAAUGGUGUGUUGGUAGCAUAUUGUAAAAGGAACACAAUGGUGUUUUGGAAUCAGAGGACUUAAAUCCCCAAUCUACUGUUUCCAAGUAUUGUGACCCUAGGACCUUGUAGGUAAUCUCUGCAUCUGUAAAUAAAUACUCU